GGACUGGAAGUUCAACCUGCCUGAUGAGAGCAGAGUAGCAGGAGGCUCGGGCUGGAGUGCGUGUUGUGUUCACAAUUGUUGACGGCUUACAUCGUUUAACUUCGCAGUCAUGGACACAGACGAGUUUAUGAAAUACCGGUCGCCCCUGGUGUCACGAUAUGCCAGUAAGGAGAUGGCUUAUAACUUCAGUGACAGGAAGAAAUUCACUACCUGGAGGAAGCUCUGGAUCUACCUCGCCAAAGCUGAAAAGGCUUUGGGCCUGCCCAUCACAGAUGCCCAGGUGGCAGAGAUGGAGAGCCACGCAAACGACAUUGACUUCGCCAUGGCGGCGGAGGAGGAGAAGAAGCUCCGUCACGACGUCAUGGCUCACGUGCACACCUUCGCCCACUGCUGCCCAGCCGCUGCUCCCAUCAUCCACCUGGGCGCCACCUCCUGCUACGUCGGGGACAACACGGACCUCAUUAUGCUUAGGGAUGGCUUUGACAUCCUCCUCCCCAAGCUGGCUCGUGUUAUUGAUCGACUUGGCAACUUUGCAGAGAAGUAUGCCCAUCUACCCACCCUGGGCUUCACCCAUUACCAGCCGGCCCAGCUGACCACGGUGGGUAAGCGAGCGUGCCUCUGGCUGCAGGAUCUCACCAUGGACAUGCGGAACCUUCAGCGCGCCCGCGACGACAUUCGUUUCCGGGGGGUCAAAGGCACCACGGGCACCCAGGCCAGCUUCCUCCAGCUCUUUCAGGGGGACCAUGACAAGGUAGAGGAUCUGGACAGAAUGGUUACAGAAAUGGCUGGCUUUAAAAAGGCCUACCUGGUGACUGGGCAGACCUACAGCCGUAAGGUGGACAUCGACUCUGUUGUAGUGCUGGCCAGUCUGGGGGCUUCUGUUCACAAGAUUUGCACUGACAUUCGUCUGCUGGCUAACCUGAAAGAGAUCGAGGAGCCUUUUGAGAAGGAGCAGAUUGGCUCCAGUGCAAUGCCGUACAAGAGGAACCCAAUGCGUGCUGAGCGUUGCUGUAGCUUGGCCCGCCACCUGAUGGCGCUAGUGUCUGACCCUCUGCAGACCUGUGCUGUUCAGUGGCUGGAAAGAACACUGGACGACAGUGCCAACAGGCGCAUCUCACUGCCCGAGUCCUUCCUCACGGCAGACAUCAUCCUCAGCACCCUUCAGAACAUCACUGAGGGACUGGUGGUCUAUCCUAAGGUGAUCGAGAGACACAUUCGUCAUGAGCUGCCCUUCAUGGCCACAGAGAACAUCAUCAUGGCCAUCGUGAAGGCCGGUGGAAACAGACAGGAUUGCCAUGAGAAGAUCCGUGUGCUGUCGCAGCAGGCUGCAGCAGUGGUAAAACAGGAAGGGGGUGACAAUGACCUGUUGGCUCGGGUCAACGCUGACCCCUACUUCGCCCCAAUUCUUGGCCAGCUGGACGCCCUGUUGGACCCCAAGACCUUCAUUGGCCGUGCACCCCAACAGGUUACCAGAUUCCUGGCGGAGGAAGUGCACCCCAUUCUUGAACCAUACAAGAGCAAGAUGGACGUAAAGAUUGAGUUGGAGCUUUGAAGACGGUCACGUACAGUACACACAUGUAAACAAACGUAUGAUCAAACCUCAACCAUUAAAUGCUGAAACCAA